AUGGCAGGUGUCAUGAAGAAAAGAGUUACAUCGAAAGUUGAUGUCGAUGAACCUGGGAAUAAGUACAGCAAAGGUGCUGAGAAGUAUCAGUUUUUAGCCGAGAGAUGGUUGACUUCUCCUUUGCCAGAUAAGGAAGAGGUGUAUAAGUUUUGGUUAUACAUUGUUACUGGUAUUGCCUUUGUUACAAGGUUUUACAAGAUCUGGUAUCCUAAGGAAGUUGUUUUCGAUGAAGUUCAUUUUGGUAAGUUUGCUUCUUAUUAUUUGGAGAGGACUUAUUACUUUGAUGUGCAUCCUCCUUUUGCCAAAAUGCUGAUUGCAUUUGUUGGUUGGUUAUCAGGAUAUGACGGUGCUUUUAAGUUUGAUGAUAUUGGAUUAUCUUACAAGAAGAACCCUGCUCCUUACAUUGCUUACCGUUCUUUGAAUGCAAUUCUAGGUACUUUGACUAUCCCACUAAUGUUCAAUACCAUGAAAGAAUUGAAUUUCAAGGCGAUAACUUGUGCUUUUGCCUCUUUGUUGGUCGCUGUAGACAAUGCCCACGUUACAGAAACAAGAUUAAUUCUAUUAGAUGCUACUUUGGUUAUAUCCAUUGCAGCCUCUAUUUAUUGUUAUGUUAAGUUUUACAAAGUCCAAUUGACUGCUCCAUUCUCUCAUGCUUGGUACAUUUGGUUAUAUCUAACAGGUUUAUCAUUGUCCUUUGUUAUUUCCUCUAAGUACGUUGGUGUCAUGACUUAUGCUGCUAUCGGUACCGCUGUGGUUGUUAACUUAUGGCAAUUAUUAGAUAUUCGUGCUGGUUUAAGUUUGGCUAAUUUUGCUAGACAUUUUAUAAGAAGAUUAAGUGGUUUGGUCUUUGCUCCAUUUGUUGUUUAUUUGUUUUGGUUCUGGUGUCAUUUUGCAAUCUUGGUCAAUUCCGGUCCUGGUGAUCCUUUCAUGUCACAAGACUUUCAAGAAACUUUACUUGAAUCACCAUUAGCUAAAGAAUCAAAACAAGUUCAAUAUUAUGAUAUUGUUACAAUUAAACAUAGAGAUACUGAUGCUUUCUUACAUUCCCAUGAUGCAUUUUACCCAUUACGUUAUGACGAUGGUCGUGUUUCAUCUCAAGGCCAGCAAGUUACAGGUUACUCUCAUGAUGAUAUCAACAAUCAAUGGGAAAUUUUACCUGUUAAGGAAUUAGCCUCAAAGAACGGCCAUCCAGUUUUACAAGGUGAACAAAUUAGAUUAAGACAUGUUCAAUCAAAUACCUAUUUGCUUACCCAUGAUGUAGCCUCCCCAUUAUAUCCAACAAAUGAAGAAGUUACUACUGUUUCUGAAGAAAUUGCUAACGGUGAAAAUUACAAGGAAACUUUGUUCACAUUCCAAAACUUGAACAAAAACGAUGUAAACAAACAAAUCAAGACUAAGGGUACUAAUUUCCGUAUCUUUCAUGUUGAUACCUCUGUUGCCUUAUGGACUCACAACGAUGAACUAUUGCCAGAGUGGGCUUUUAGUCAACAAGAAGUCAACGGUAACAAGAAAGUUACUGAAUCAUCUAACAAUUGGUUUAUUGAUACAAUUGUCAAUAUCGAUGAAGCUAGAUUAAAGCACAUCCCAAAAAAGACUGGUACCUUACCUUUCCUAACCAAAUGGCUCGAAUUACAAAGAUUGAUGUUUGAACAUAACAACAAAUUAUCUUCCGAACACCCAUUUGCAUCUCAACCAUACUCAUGGCCUGGUAGUUUGAGUGGUGUCUCAUUCUGGACUAAAGAUGAUGAAAGAAAACAAAUUUACUUUAUUGGUAACAUUAUUGGUUGGUGGUUCCAAGUUGUUUCGUUAGCUGCAUUUAUUGGUAUCGUUAUUGCCGACAUGUUAACAAGACAACGUGGUUACUUUGCUUUAAAUUCUAUCACCAGAGAAAAAUUAUAUGGUCCAGUUAUGUAUUUAUUUGUUGGUUGGGCUUGUCACUACUUCCCAUUCUACCUAAUGGGCCGUCAAAAGUUUUUACAUCACUAUUUACCUGCCCAUCUAAUCGCUUCAUUGUUUUCUGCUGCUAUUUGGGAAAUAAUAUUUAGUGACACCAAAUCAAUUGAUGUUCACAAGGAUGAAAAGAAUGAUGAUGUCCCAGAAAUUAAAACUAAAUAUUAUACUAUUUUCUUAGCAGUUGUUUCCUUUGCAGUUAUUGCUUUCUUCAUAUAUUUUGCUCCAUUUGUUUAUGGUGAUGUUAGCUUAACUCCCGAACAAGUAGCACAAAGAAAAUGGUUGAACAUGGAGUUACAUUUCGCCAAAUAA